AUGCAAAGACUUGGAUUCAAUAUCGAGUGCACGGACAAAACGUGUUGGUUCUGUCUCAACCGAGAUGGAGCUGUUGGACUUUUUACUUUACUGCUGCGUUCGUGCAGUGACGAUUGUCCGAUAUUCAGAAGUGUGUGGCUGGAUGAGGCGCGCUACCACAGUGCCGGUUCCGAUUCCACAGGUAGCACCGGUGAUCGAUGGCAUCGCAGUGUGCCGUUAUGCCUCGAGAUGAUGUGGAUGUUCGGCGAGCAGGAAUUGUGGGAACAGACAUCUUCAAGUGCGGCACUCUCCUUGGGUGCAUUCCAUUUUUGGAGAUACUAUUUCAGCAGAACUUGA